CCACACUGUUCAUAUCAUACAAAAAGAAAGGGAAGACGCCAAUCUUUCAAAAUAGGGAUUUUCCACAUCAAACCCCCAGUUUGGGGCCUGAAAUACUUCAGAUCGCGACUACCUGCAGUCCUGAAAAUGGCGCAAGAACCUGUCAAGACGCCGUCCCCAACGACAGAGCCCGCACAGCCCGCAAGGCCGAAGUUGACGGGGAGGGAAUUUUACAAGAGUAUUGGAAGCCCAAAAUUCAUUGUUGCGCCUAUGGUAGACAGAUCUGAAUUUGCAUGGAGAAUGCUCACCCGCUCCUACAUGAAAAAACACGCGCCAAACCCUCUUCUUGCGUAUUCCCCAAUGUUCCACGCUCGAUUGUUUAAAGAAACUGCGGGAUUCCGUGCUCAAUUCUUCCAGCCUACACGCGCGGUUGAUGGGGAAACAGUGACACCUUUUCUUGACGGCAACCCCGCCAUCGAUCGCCCACUCUUUGUGCAGUUUUGCUCAAACGACCCAGAAGACUUUAUACAAGCCGCUCACCAUGUAGCUCCUUACUGCGAUGCCGUCGAUCUCAAUCUUGGAUGUCCGCAGGGAAUUGCGCGCAAGGGAAACUACGGCGCAUUUUUACAGGAGAACUGGGAUUUAAUAUACAAGUUGAUCAAUAAGCUACACACAGAGCUUCCCAUUCCGGUAACAGCCAAAUUUCGCAUUCAAGAAACAAAGGAAAAGACGCUGGAAUACGCGAAAAUGAUUUUGUCGGCGGGUGCUAGUAUCAUCACCGUUCACGGUAGAAGGAGAGAGCAGAAAGGUCACAAUACCGGUGUUGCUGAUUUGACUUACAUCCGCUACUUGAGAGAAAAUUUACCUCCCGACACUGUUAUCUUCGCAAACGGAAAUGUUUUGAAUAAUGGGGAUAUUGAAAAAUGUUUAGAAGCCACAGGUGCAGAUGGUGUCAUGAGCGCUGAAGGCAAUCUCUCGGAUCCUACAAUUUUCAGUGAAGUGCCUCCUGUGGGAUGUGAAGGCCGGGAGUAUUGGCGCGGUCGCAACGGGAAAGGAGGAUAUCGUGUAGAUGCAGUUUUCCGUCGUUAUCUUGAUAUCAUUCAUCGAUAUGUCUUACGUGAUGCGGUCCCUGUGAGGAAGCCAUUGUUCCUUCCAUCCGAUCCGGUCGACUCUACUCAAAAAGAAAAUGAAACGAAGCCUGUUGAGGUAGAAGGAGAAGAAGAAGAAGGACCACCGAAAAAGAAACAAAAGCGCCAGAAAGGAAAGAAUAAAGUGAAAGUUAAUGAUCCCAGCCUGUGUGCCAUGCAAGGCCAUCUAUUCCAACUUCUUCGGCCCAUGGUUUCAACUAAAACGCAUAUUCGUGAUGCUCUAGCCAAAUCUGCCAACGGUGAUAUCGCUGCUUUUGAAAAUAUUCUCAGCAUGGUGGAACAAGCGGUGAAGGAAGGCCUUCAAGAAUAUGAGAAAAAUCCUGAGCAAUUCGACAGUCAACACAAUCGCGAAAAGCUUGAGGGGUCAAAGGCUACAAUCGCGGAGUAUAGUCGACCUUGGUGGAUCUGUCAACCGCACAUUAGACCGCUUCCAGAUGAGGCGUUCGCCAUUGGGGCUAUGACUGUUAGCAAGAAGGACCAACGUAAGGCCGAACAGUUGAAGAAAGAAAGUAAGGGGCCUGCACCAGUUCAGGUAUCAUCAUUAUCGCCUGCUGUCGCCGAGAGUGAAAUAGUGAAAUCUCAGGUCGAUACACUGGUGCAGGGCUGAUUUUCUUUUCUUGUUAUUUCGUUUUUACUCUUUUAAAUACCCCAGGAUCAGAUUAUGGGAUUUGCAUAGCCGUGCCCUUUAUUCUUUGGUGGAUAGAACAUAAAUAUGUAUAUAGUGAUUAUUGUUUAUAUAUAGAAAUAGACCAGAUCUGGCUAGCGGACAAAGACUCAAGUACUUUUAUGGAAGU